UUUAGGUGUGGCGCCCUCGUGAUAAACAUGCUAUGAAGAAGGCUUUCGAUUUAAAACAUCUUUAAGUCUGAUUUUACAUUAUAAGAACUAAAAACGGAGUUGAAUAUUAAUUUCAAUUAAGAAAGACGUCGUUGGCAAUAGAAGAGAAAAUAAUUUGGAUGAAAAUUCUGAUGAAAAAUGAAUGCAGUAGUUGCUCUUUGUCAUUUUUGUGAGCUUCAUGGACCAAGUAUUUUAUUUUGUACCCAGUCUUUUCAUGACUCAGAAGGACCAUGGCCUAUUAAAGAAAAUAAUGAAAAUCCACUUCCAAAAAAAUCUUGGUAUGGUCCCCCAGAAUCUUUACAGAGAUCAAAUUCUAUAUCUGGAGAAAUCUCUGGAGACAAAGCGCCUGAUACUUGUGAAGGAUGUACUUCAAUGACUGGAAAUCAAAAAGGUUUUAUUAGUAAUGAUCAUGAAGCUAGAGUUAGUUAUAUCAGUGGACAACAUCCACUUCAUCCAGAAGUGUUCAGUAUGGUUAGACAUGCCUGUGUUAGAAGCUUAAGUUGUGAGGUGUGCCCUGGAAUGGAAGGUCCUAUAUUUUUUGGAGAUAAUCGUCGAGGUCAUGUAUUAAGUCAUACAUUUUUUAUGAAAGACAGUCAAGCUAGAGGUUUUCAAAGAUGGUUUAGUAUGAUAGUUGUGAUGAUGGACAAAACAUUUUUGUUAAAUUCAUGGCAAUUUUUGGUGAAAAAUUUCCAAAAUUUUAUUAAAGAGUUGCAAGAUAAAGCUAAAAAGGUAUGCAUUAUGGAGCAGUCAGAAAGUUCACAGAGGGCUUUAAGGUUUAAUCGAUUUACUAGAGUUACUACACCUAAUAAUUUCCGUCGGCAGAGGGGCAACGCCAAGGGACGUUCUUUGACAGAAUUGACUAAUGAUAAAAAUAUAUUUAGUAUCUUACACUUGUGGUUUACGUGGAUUCUGCAAGCUGGAGCUAGUCGUUUGAGUGAAAGAUUAGUUGAAGGUCUUCCAAGUGAAGAUACUAUUAUUCAAUUGGAAAAGGAAGAGACUGAAGAUGGUUUUAUAAGAAUAUGCACUAAUAAAGAUACUGAUGAGAUUAAAACAAAAUUUAAUAACUUGACAAUGGAAGAUGAUCAAGAUUCUUCUAAAGAUCCAAGAAUAGAAUCAUUAAGAGAAUUAUUUAAUUUUUUAGGAAAAGAAAAAUUCCGUAGUCUAGCUCAUCAUGUUUUGAUUGGAAAUCAGAUUAUAAUGAGAGGAAACUUUCCAGAACUAAUGAAAUCAUUUAUUUUAUGUAUAAAGGAAAUUCUGCCUCGGGGAUGUUAUCAUCCUAUUUUUGAUUCUCCUCAAUACGAAGAUUCGUGGAAAUGCAACUUUCUCAGUCUUCAGCCAGAUGUUGUUAUUCCUUCUCAUGUAAUGGGUUCUGAACUAUAUUUAAUAGUUGAUUUUAGAAGUAAAGAAGAGACAUUAAACAGAAGUGGAAACAUUCCACUAUUAAAUUUUUGUUGUUCUCUCUUUUCAAAUGCAAAACUACCAGAAAAAAUUCCUCAUGUUUUGAGUGAAAUAGAAAGAAUUAUUCAAGAUCAGUUAUUAUCGGAUUCAGCUGUAUUGGCUUUUCUUGUUGCCCUAAAAGAAGAAUGGAUGAACAAGGUGAAAGUAUUAUUUGCCUUUUCAAGAGCCGGACAAAGAACUCAAGAAGAAACUAAUAAACUUUUACAAGUUUUGGGAGCUCAAGAGCAUGAUAAACAGCUAUUAAAAUUUUGGAUGACUGGUUUAAGUAUGCAAUACAAAACCCACGUCUUGUCAACAUCCAUUCAACAAGGCUCUGUUCAGCAAGCAUAAUAAUAGAGAUUAUAAUGGAGUAUUUAUUUAUUAUGUGAAAAAUUAAUUUUUACUUACAUAAAUUUGUAAUAUAAUAACAAUAUAACAAUAAUUAAUUGUAAAUUAUGUAUAUAAAUAAGAACGUUUGUUUGCUAUGCAUUCUUAGGCCGUUCAACCAAUUGCUACAAAAUUCGGCAGUUAUAUUUACACACUUCUAACUUAGAUAAUGUCACACAUCCCACCCAAAAAUAUGUAUUGAAUUUCUGUAAAUUAAUUUAAUUUGUUGACUUACAUGUAGCACCAUCUAUUGGCAAAAAAUUUAAAAUCAUAAGCUAAAUAUAAUUCUUACAAAAAAGGAUAAUUUUUAAAAUAUAUA